CCCUGCAAGGGUUGGAUGGUGAGGCUGGAGCCCGCCCAGCUUCACUGAUAGAGGCGUCUCCUGGGCACUCCGGGCCCAGCCCAUGGUGAAGUGCGAUGUGGGGGACCGGCAAUAGGGGAAGCCACUGACCAUCUGGACACAGUUCUGUGUAAUCAGAGAAGCCCUUUGAAGACAAAAAGACCAGGGGGAGGAGAUGGAUUCUCCUGUGGCCCACGCCAGUGUCUCAAUUUCCAGUGAGAGAUUCAGGCUUGGAGGACUCACAAAGGACUAAUUUCAGAGGAGAGAUUUGCGUGUCACCAAGGGCUCAGAGGAAACGUGGUAUUGUGAAAAGAGCACUGGACAGUGGCCUGCAUAAGGAAUGACCAGCUGCCUACCAACAUGAACAGGAUAUUGGCUGUGCAGAGCAGCCUUCUGGCAUUGAGCCAAGGGGAAGAAGUAGUGGAUUUUCUGAACAGCUAUCCUGUAAGUGCCAGUGAGGAUGAGGAAGACAGUGAUGGAGAGAGAAAACAUCUACAGCUCCUAGAGGCAAUCAGUGGCUUGGAUGGAAAGAGCAGGCAGAGAUGGGCUGAGCGAUCUGAGGCCAGUCUGCAGGUGUCCGAGUUCAGUGUCAGCACUGAAGGUAUGGAGGAAAAACUCGCCCUUUCAGAACUGCUUAAACAUACCAAGCCUUCUUCCUCAUUGGCCAAAGUGAAAAGACAGCUGAAGAAAGUCAAAAGUAAGAAGCCUGUGGAGUUACCUCUCAGCAAAGAGGACACUGAGCAGAUCUGUAGGGAAGCUGCAUGCAGUAAAACCUCCCAAGCCUUGGCCAAGUGGGAUGCAGUGGUUCUGAAGAACAGGAGAGCAGAACAGCUAGUUUUUCCCCUGGAAGAGAAACAAAUACAAGUUGCCUGUAUUGAGGAGGUACUCCUGGGUGACUGGAAGGCAAGAACUCCCCUGGAACAGGAAAUUUUUAACCUCCUCCAUAAGAACCAGCAGCCACUGAGCGAUCCUUUACUGACCCCAGUAGAGAAGGCCUCCCUCAAAGCCAUGAGCCUGGAGGUGGCCAAGCAGCGCCGAGCAGAGCUUCAGAAAGCCCGGGCACUCCAGUCCUACUUUGAAGCCAAGGCUCGAAGACAGAAGAAAAUCAAAAGCAAAAAGUUUCAUCAGGUGAUAAGGAAGAAGAAGGCCAAAGAAGCCCUCAGGCAAUUCAAAGGGACAGUCAGUCCUCCUGCCUUAUUAGAAGAGCUGGAAAAGAGAGAAAUGGCCAGAAUGGUGGAGCGGAUGAGCCUCCGUCACCAGAGCAAGGGGAAGUGGGCUAGGGCAAGGGCUGACAUGGCCAAGCAUGACCAGAAGACCCAUAAAGAAAUCCAGGAGCAGCUGGCCAGGAACACAGAACUGACCCAGAAACCUCACAUGCCAUCUGAUAGCGAGCAAGAGGAAUAUGAUGCACAAGAGGAAUGUGAACUCAUCCCUCAUGUUGUGAACGAAGUGAAGAGGGGGCCAGACAGUCUGAGUCCCUGGAUGCAGAGAAAUCAGGGCCCUCAUGAAGAGGUGUCCAAGACCCUGAAAGGCCCUCAGAAACCUUCCAAGGCUGUCGCCGGUGAAGAACCUGAGAGUGAGAAAGAAGAGAAGGUCAUAGCAGAGGAGGAGUCUCUGCUGCAAGAACUUGAAAAGAUGAGGUUCCUUAGGAGAAAGGGGGGCGUCCAACUGGAGUCACAGACACAGAGGACAAAAAAACCUAGAAGGCAAGACGAUGAGGGCAUAUUAGCUGAACUAAGGGUUCUCUCUGCGAAAAUCAAAAAGAAGGCAAGGCAAGACCGAAAGCAAAGUGAGAGGUCGGCUACCACAGCCCCCAAGGAGCCUGUCCAGGGAGUGAGCCUUGCCCAGGAUGAGGAGGAACCCUUGACCAGAAAAAAGCCAGAGAGAGUACAGACACUGGAGGAGGUAGAGACUCUAGGAAUGGGAGAAGGUGCCCAAGAACAGGAACUUCUCAAAUCUCUAGCAGGAGGGCGGCCACAGCAGUCUCUGGGGAGUCCAGCUGAGCAGAGGCGUUCCCCAAAGAUAGAAAAAGAGGUGGUGACUGAUCUGCAGGCCAACCUCACUGUGAAAUCCCACAAGGCAAGUGCUUUAUCUCUUCCCACAGUGGUAGAAGAGGAGGACUUUGGGGAGGAGGUGGCCGCCCAAAAGCAGAUAAUAAAGGAGGCCUUUGCUGGGGAUGACGUUGUUGCUGACUUCCUGAAGGAGAGGCAGGAAGCUGAGGAAGUAAGCAAGUCCAAGGCCGUGGCCCUGAGCCUGCCUGGCUGGGGGCAGUGGGGGGUUCCAGGCCUUGAUGUGAGGAUUAGGAAGAGACGCAGGUAUCUCACUGGAGCCCCUGAUGGUCCCCCAAGGAAAGGCAAGAGCUUGCCAAAUGUGAUCAUCAGUGAGAAACGUAACAUCCAGGCCGCUGCCCAUAAGGUGAAUGGGCUUCCAUUCCCCUUCAGCCACCACUAUCAGUUUGAAAGGACUCUUCAGACCCCUGUGGGUUCUACUUGGAACACGCCGAGGGCUUUCCAAGAAAUGACUGCUCCUCGAGUUGUGGUCAAGCAGGGUCACAUCAUUGAACCCAUAAAGGUGGUGGAUGUGAGCUUCUAGCUGCUGUAUUCAAGCCAUUCUAUCCUGCAGAAGAAACCACAGCAGUCUGUUCGUGCAUGUCCCAGAAGACUGUUAAAGAAAGCACCCUAGGUCCUGUUGCUUGAGUGACCACCUUUUGUUGCCCCAGGGCAGGGAGAACUCACAUUUCUCCCUUGUCUCUGCUUUGCCUUCAGCUGCUAAAAUAUGAAGCUAACUCAGUGUGUGGCCAGCGAUAUCACCUAAUGGAAAUAAAGCAUACUUUCCAAUUAAAUAAAAGAGGGGCAGCUAGGUGGCGCAGUGGAUAGAGCACCAGCCCUGAUGUCAGGAGAAUCUGAGUUCAAAUCCAGCC